CCAUUACUCUUUCUGUUCCUUCCUCUUGAUCCUCAUUCCAUUCCAUUCCAAAAGAAAGAAAGAGGGAAGAUUACUAUGGACAUCCAAGGCCUUUACCAGCUCUUCCAGGCCACAUUCCAGCCAGACCCCAAUGUUCGCAUCCAGGCCGAGUUGAAGCUGAAGGAGCUGGAGGGCACCCAGGGCACCCUCCUCCAGUCAAUGCAUAUCAUUGGAGCACAGGAAUCAGAAAUCCACGUCCGUCAAGCAGCAUCAAUCUACUUCAAGAAUGCUGUCAGACGCUAUUGGUUCGAGACAGAGACUACCCCUGCCCAUCUCAAGAUCUCAGACACUGACAAGGAUGCCAUCAAGGCAAAUAUUCUUCAGCUCUUGGCUUCUGCUCCUCCAGUCAUUCGUACUCAGCUGAUCACUGUCCUUGGAACUAUCUUGUCGAACGACUUCCCUGCCAAGUUCCCUGGCUAUCUCAACACUGUUCAAAACUUGCUUCAGUCUCAGGAUCCCAAGACAGUAUUUGUUGGACUUAUUGCCUUGAAGGAAGUUCUCCGCGUCUACAAGUUCAAGCUUGAUGAUCGUGAGCCAGUGGAUGAAAUUAUCGCUAUGUUCUUCCCAGCCAUCCAGCAAAUUGGCGCCGGACUGAUCAGCUCUGACAGUACCGAGGCAGCAGAAAUGCUCAAGAUUAUCUUCAAGUGCUACCAUUACACCAUCCAGAUUGAUCUCUCGGAGCGUCAGAGAGAUAGCGCCUCACUAGUCCCCUGGGGCACUUUGUUCCUUCAGAUGGUCGAGAAACCUGUGCCAGCCGAGGGACUCCCUACGGAUUUUGAGGAAUUGGAGAAACAUCCCUGGUGGAAGGCUAAGCGCUGGGCUUACCAGUGCCUGAACCGUCUUUACAUCAGAUACGGCAACCCUACAGCAUUGACUUCGGAGUCUAAGUUUAAGGCCUUUGCUAAGACUUUUGUCGCAAACUUUGCCCCCAACAUCCUUUCAGCCUACUUGAAGCAGAUCGAGCUCUGGGUCGCUAAGCAGGCAUGGUUGAGCCCACGUGUCCUCUGCCUCAUUGGCAACUUCUUCGAGGAAUGUGUCAAGGACAAGAACAUCUGGUCGCUCAUGAAGCCCCACUCAGAGACCUUAGUCACCCAUUUUGUCUUCCCUCAAUUGUGCUUUACUGCUGCAGAUGAAGCUCUUUGGGUCGACGACCCAGUCGAAUACGUCCACUCCAGGAUUGACAAGCUGGAAGAUUUUACCAGCCCCUCGACCGCUGCUGUAAACUUUAUGACCACCAUGGCCCGCUACCGCCAGAACGCAUUCAUGCAGGUUCUCUCACUCGCCAACACUGUCCUUCAAAAGUACAACGAUGCUCCUGCCGAGACCAAGGACCCUAGAGAGAAAGAUGGCGCUUUGGUCAUGAUUGGCGCUCUGGCUCCAUUGAUUUUGCGAAAGAAAUCUUUGGCUGCCAUGAUGGAGCCCGUCUUUGUCGCCCAUGUUUUCCCAGAAUUCAAGAGCCAGUACCCCUUCCUCCGUGCACGCGCAUGUGAGAUGAUCAAUCAGUUCAGCGAUUUGGACUUCACAGACCCCAACAAUGUAGCUAUUGCUUUCGCUAGUUUGAUGGAUCGCCUGCGUGAUAACGAACUGCCUGUCAAGGUCACUGCUGCCCUCGCACUUCGCCCCAUGAUUCGCCACGAGGCAGUGCUUGAGGCUAUGAAGCCCCAUCUCCAAUUUAUCAUGCACGAGCUCUUGGCGAUGACCAAUCAGAUUGAUGUCGACACCCUGGCAGAGGUGAUGGACGAAUUCGUUGAGGUAUUUGCACAGGAUUUGGCGCCCUUUGCUGUCCAGCUUUGUGAACAGUUGCGUGAUACUUUCUUGCGUAUCUGUGAGGAUAUGACCAAAGGAGCCGAUGGAGUCGAUGACCUCUCGGACAGUGCCAUUGACGAGGCUUCGGAUAAGACGAUGGCUGCAAUGGGCGUCUUAAAGACCAUGGGAACGCUUAUCAUCAGCUUGGAGAGCACACCUGAGGUUUUGAACCAGCUUGAGAUUGCGCUCUUGCCUGUGAUCCAAUUUACUCUCCAGAACGCUCUUAUCGAUUUGUUCGACGGCGUCUUUGAGAUCAUCGACAGCUGCACGUUUUCGGCCAAGGCUAUUUCGGCCAACAUGUGGGGUGUCUUUGAGCUGAUCUACAAGACCUUCAAGGAGUCGGCUUUGGACUUUAUGGAAGAGAUGUUUCCAUCUCUCGACAACUAUGUCUCAUAUGGCAAAGAUGUUGUUUCGACCAAUGAGAAUGUCCAGCACAUGAUCUUUGACAUGAUAGAGACCGUCAUGAAGAGCGACCGUCUGGGCGAAAACGACCGUGUCUCGGGUUGCAAGCUCUCAGAGUCACUGUUGCUAAACUGCAGAGGACACGUUGACAAGUACUUGGCACCGAUCUUGGGCCUCGUUUUUGAGUAUCUCGGCCCAGCUGACCGCAUCCAAACUGUCGAAUUCCGCAUCCAAGCGAUUGAAGUCGUGAUGAACUGCCUGUACUAUAACCCUUCAGUAACACUGCGUCUUUUGGAAGAGAAUGGCUGGACCCAGCGCUUCUUGACUGUCUGGUUCACGAAUCUGGAGAAGUUCUCACGCGUUCAUGACAAGAAGCUGUCGAUUGUUGCUCUCUGCUCUAUCCUCAGCGUCCCCGUGGAGCAACUACCCGCCGCGCUUCAGAGCGGAUGGCCUCAGGUCUUGAACGGAAUUUUGAGCAACUUUGAGGGACUUCCCAUUGCUCAAGCCAAGCGCAAGGAAAUGGAAAAGAUGUACAACAUUGGAUCAGACGAUGAGGACGACGGUGAGGAAGACGAUGAAGGUCAGACUGCGCUCGAAGCCGCCCUUGCUGGGGACGAAGAUGGUGUUGAGGAAGAGUGGGUUGAUGACGAAGAGGAUGUCUUUGACGAAGGCCACGAGUAUCUCGAGUAUUUGGCCCAGCAGGCAUCCAAGAGCCGCCCCGCUGACCGCGAGGAUGACGAAGAAUCUGAGUACGACGAGCUGGAGGAGGAGAUCUACUUUGAAUCGCCUCUGGAUGAAGUCGAUCCCUAUGUUCUCUUCCGGAAUGUUUUCACGGGACUGCAACAGCACAACCUUGCAUCUUACAAUGAGCUGACCAAGGCGACAACGUCGGAGCAGCAGGAGUUUAUCAUGAACCUGAUCAAGACUGCAGACGCUAACGCAGCCAAGGCCGCUGCUACCCAAGCAUAAACUCUGCGGACAGUCUUGAACGAAUACCUUUUUUUUUUCGUCAUCAUCUUCAUAAUCUUAUCAAUCUUCCAUAUCCAUCACGCAUCAUUCACUUUAGCAUAGCACAUCCUCAGCUA